AUGAGGACAAAGACGUUGUUGACCGUUCUUUUAGUGGGCGUUAUCUUGGCUAGUACGACACUAAUUCCUGUUGCUGGGGGACUUUUGAAACUGAAGAAACUUCUUCUACUGGGGGCUCUUCUAAAACCCCCAAAGAAGAUUAUUUUGCCAAUUCCGAUUCCCAUUCCUGAGAUGAAAACGGAAUACGGCAGCAGCAUGAUGACUGGCUAUGGUGGGGGUGGUUUCGGAGGAGGAGGUGGUUAUGGUAUGAUGGGUGGUUUUGGUGGAGGUGGUUAUGGUAUGAUGGGUGGUUUUGGUGGGGGCGGUUUCGGAGGAGGAGGUGGUUAUGGUAUGAUGGGUGGUUUUGGUGGGAGUGGUUUCGGAGGAGGAGGUGGUUAUGGUAUGAUGGGUGGUUUUGGAGGAGGCGGUUUCGGCGGAGGAGGUUUCGGUGGAGGUGGCUAUGGAAUGAUGAGUGGUUUUGGAAGUGGAGGAUAUGGAAUGUCUGGAGGAUUCAGCGGCGGAAGUGGGGGUUUUGGAGGUGGAGGUGGCGGAUACGGGAUGUCUGGAGGAUUUGGUGGAGGUGGCGGAUACGGAAUGAUGAUGGGCGGAGGGGGCGAUUAA